AUGAACAUCCAUAUGUCAGCCUCUGCACCAUACUAUGCCCAAGCAAAUGGUCAGGUUGAGUCCUCAAACAAAAUUUUGAUAGAGAUCAUUGAAAAAAUGAUCAAAGAUAAACCAAGAAGAUGGCAUGAGACUUUAUUUGAGGCUUUAUGGGCCUAUAGAAAUUCAAAAAGAACAGGCACAGGAAUCACACCAUAUAUGUUAACUUAUGGACAUUAUGCUGUUCUGCCUAUGAAAAUGAAGGUUAAAUCGGCCAGAGUUGCAUUCCAAAAUAAUCUAACUCUGGCUGAUUACACUCAAGCAAUGUUAACAGAGUUGGAAGACUUGGAUGAAGUUAGGUUGGAUGCUUUGGAUCACAUUAUAGCUCACAAAAAGAAGGUAAUGAGGAUCUACAACAAAAGGAUAAAACCAAAGUCUUUUGCUGAAGAGGAUUUAGUGUCGAAAGUUAUUCGGCCAGUGGGUAAGGUUGAUAGAAAAUAUGGGAAGUGGUCCCAUAAAUGGGAAGAGUCAUACUUAAUUCAUGAAGUCCUAAGUGGAGGAGCAUACAAGUUGAAGUAUCUUAGUGGCCGAUUGCAUGAUUACCCCAUUAAUGGCAAAUAUCUCAAGAGGUAUAUGCCAGCAAUCUUUGAAAGGGAAAAUUAA